AUGGAUGAUGGAUCUACACUAACACUUAUAGAUCAAACACUUGCAGAUGAAUUGGGUGAGACUGGCGUUCCCGAUCCUCUAUGCAUUCACUGGACUGGAGACAUAAACCGGUAUGAAGCUGAUUCGCAACGACUCGAUUUACGAAUUUCAGGUAAUAUUCAAGGUGCGAAAAUAUAUCCACUCCGAGGUGUUUACACGGUUAGUAGAUUAAAUAUGUCAUCAUCAACAUUGUUUGCUGACCAAUUGAAAACAAAAUAUGCACAUUUAAAAGGCAUUCCCUUGCCAAACUUUAUUGACAUAGUUCCUAAGCUAAUUAUUGGUGUAAAUAAUCCCAAUUUGAUAAUGGCACAGAAGGUACGUGAAGGUGGAUGGCAAGAUCCCGUAGGGGCGAAAACCAGAUUAGGGUGGACAAUUUUUGGUGGCGGUAAUAAUCAGAGUAAAGGUAACGGAUUAAACUUACAUAAAUGCGACUGUGAGAGCGAUAACAACUUGCAUGAACUCGUAAAGUCUUUCAUGUUGAAUGAAAAUAUUGGAAUUUCAGUGCCAAAGGUAAAUCCAGUUUCAAUGGAAGAUCAACGAGCCAUAGAAAUUUUGGGUAACUGCGAGUUGCAUGAGGGUCAGUACACCGCGGGCUUGCUGUGGUCAAAUGACAAUAUACGAUUGCCAGACAGCUUGCCAACAGCUCUUAGGCGCUUUAAAUGUCUGGAACGUAAGUUAUCUAGCAAUCCUGAACUACAACGCAAUAUGCAGGAACAAAUUGACAACUUAGUUAAGAAAAAUUAUGCGACCAAGUUACCGAACGAAGCUAUAAAUGAUCGUGGUGACAAAAUUUGGUAUUUGCCGGUUUUUAUUGUCCGCAAUCCGCACAAGCCAAAUAAAAUUCGACUUGUGUGGGAUGCAGCCGCAAAAUCUAGAGAUGUAUCCCUAAACAAUUUCUUACUGAAAGGGCCAGAUAUGUUAACUCCACUAGUAAAUAUAUUAUUCAACUUUCGAAUGGGUAGAAUCGCAAUAUGCGGUGAUAUCGAAGAAAUGUUCCACCGCAUUAAGUUACGACACCCAGACGCAGAUGCUCAGCGUUUUCUCUGGCGUACUAACAUGAAUGAUCCGAUAAACGUUUACAGGCUCAACGUUUUAAGUUUUGGUGCUUCUUGUUCUCCAUGUAUAGCGCAUUACGUGCGAAACCUAAAUGCUUCGGAACACGCUGCUCAAAAUUCUCAGGUAGCGUGUGCAAUAAAGAAUCACCAUUACGUCGAUGAUUUUAUUGAUUCGACUCAAACCGUCGACGAAGCUAUCAAAUUGGCAAAAAAUGUUCGAGAUGUUCACUCUAAAUGUGGUUUCAACAUGCGUAAUUGGUCAAGCAAUUCGCCAGAUGUUUUAGCAGCGCUUAAUGGAGAUGGGGAGCCACAACUUAAAUCAUUUGACUGCAGUAAGGAUGUCAUAAAUUUCGAAAAAAUACUUGGUAUGUACUGGGAACCAAAAUCCGAUACAUUCAGCUACGUGCUCAAAUUUGUUCGGCUUAAGCGCAACGUAUUCGCGGACAGGGUCGUCCCUACAAAGAGAGAAGUAUUGCAAGUGCUCAUGUCAGUUUUCGAUCCGCUGGGACUAGUAGCUUGCUUAACUUCAUAUCUAAAGAUUCUUAUUCAAGAUAUCUGGCGAAGUGGAAUAGACUGGGAUCAACCGUUAAAUUAUGAACUUUCAUUGAAAUGGAAAACUUGGAUUGAAUACAUUCCCGUUAUUACUAGCGUGUCGGUACCGCGUUGCUACUCUCCACUCCUUUACGAGGAUGACUGUAAAGUACAACUGCAUACGUUCGUAGACGCAAGUGAAAAUGCAUACGCAGCCGUAUCAUAUUUUCGUAUUGAAGCUGGAGGUCACAUCGUCAGUAGGUUGGUAGCAGCUAAAGCAAAGGUCGCACCGUUGCGCCCGCUCUCAAUACCACGACUGGAACUACAGGCUGCGGUAAUUGGUGCACGUUUAACAAACAUGGUUGAGGAAGCACAUCGUAUAAAAUUUGAGAAGCGUUGCAUCUGGAGCGACUCAAAAACCGUUCUAAAGUGGCUUCAUGGUGAUCCGCGUAAAUUUCAACAAUUUGUAAUGUUUCGUAUUGCUGAAAUCCAAGAAGCAACUGCUAUCAGUGAAUGGCGUUGGAUACCAACAAAAAUGAAUGUCGCUGAUAUUGCUACGAAAACGAAGCCUUGCAUUGAGGUAGCUCAUCAAUGGAUAAAUGGUCCCGCUUUCCUUACUUUACCUACUAAAGAGUGGCCGGCACAAGAAGAUCUGGGUACGGUGAACACUAGCGAAUUUCGAACUAAACUUCUAAUUCACAACGUGCGAAAGAGAUUAUCUGAUGAAAGUUUACGUUCGGCUUUGCUGGAGGUGGAGAUGAUCAUUAAUUCUCGACCGCUGACAUAUCUAUCGCUCGACUAUGAGGACCAGGAACCGAUUACCCCAAACCAUUUUUUAUUGGGCAGUUCAAAUGGAGCCAAGCCGUUUUGUAAACCUGAAGAAAUUAGCUUAAAAAUGAAUUUACGUCAAAGCGAGAUGUUUGCGAAUUUAUUCUGGCGUCGAUGGGUACGUGAAAUGAUUCCAUCACUUACACGUCGCAGUAAAUGGUUUGAAAAAGUGAAACCCAUAAGCGAGGGUGACAUCGUAUUGAUUGUCGAUGAAAACGCAGAAAGGAACACUUGGCUAAAAGGUAUAGUCGUCGAAACAACGAUGGCAAAAGAUGGACAAGUAAGGCGUGCUAAAGUAAAAACGAGGCAAGGUGUUUUAGAACGACCAGCAGUAAAGCUUGCAGUGCUCGACAUCGGCAAAGACAAGGCAAGCUCCGAAGAUUCGUCCGCUUACCGGGGGGACAUUGCCGACUUAAGCAACCCGUAA